UUGCUCCCCGGCAAGGGGUUUAGCGCUCCAAUCGACCUCGCUGGGUCGAAUGUGGGGUGGGAUGGUGUGGACGCAAUUCGACCGUGUUGGCCUCCGGGAGCUAUCCCAGAGUGCUCCACUGGGACCGCUCUGGACAGCGCGCUCAACUCAGAUGCACUGGCCAGGUAGCUAGGAAAAGCCCCGGGAAGGUUUGAAUUUCAUUUCCCGCUUGGCCAGCGUGGGGAGUCCAUCAGCCCCGGGACCAUGCAGGCCCAGAAGCGCAGGCGAGAGGCGCUGGAUCUGAUCGCUCUGUGGGGAGACGCCGCCGGGCAGGCAGAGCUCGGGGACCCCGGAGCCGGGGAAGGCACCUCUGCUGCAAAUGUUUCUAUGCUCCCCCUAUCAUCUCCAUCCCAGAGGCUAGUGCAGAUUAGAAGGCCAAAAAAAUGCACUUGCGACGAGAUGUUCUCAGAGCUCAUGCAGUCCUUCCGCACUGAAAGAGCUCAGCAGAAUGCAUGGAGGCAAAAAAUGGCAGAGUUCAGGAAAGCAGAAAAUGAACGUGAGGAGAGGAGGUGGGAGCAAGAGCAGAGGAGAUGGGAGCAAGAGGAGAGGUGGCAGCAGCGCGUUGGGAGGAGACAGGAUGAAAUGCUGAGGCUAAUGCAGGAGCAAACUGACCUGCUCAGGCGUCUGGUGGAGCUGCAGGAAAGGCAGCAGGAGCAGUCCCUGUAUAACCACCCGCCCUCCUCCCCAAGUUCCAUAUCCUCCUCACCCUGACGCCCAAGAACGCGGGCAGGGGAGGCUACGGGCACGCAGCCACUCACCCCAGAGGAUUGCCCAAGCAACGGAAGGCUGGCAUUCAAUAAGUUUUGAACUGUAGUGUGGCCUUGUCCUCCCCUCAUCCACCACCCCACCAGGUGCUUCCCUCCUCACCCACCCCUCCUGAGCUACCUUGCAAGUUUUCCCCAUAUUUGUGUGA